AUGCCUGAGUCUCCCGUCUAUUCUCUCGCGUCGACUGCUCUGCCGCUGUCUCAGUACAACCUGCCCUUACCGCCUCCCCCACGCCCGUUGCAUGCUGUCAUAACAAACGCAGACCUCGAGCGGUCUCAGGAGGCGUAUGCGGACCUGUUGACUUCGGCCAAGGCCUAUAGGGUUGCCCUCGCUGCGCUAUCUACGGCUGCCUCUACCUUUGGCUCAGCGUUGGAAGCAUGUGCCAGACUGAAAGAGGCGCGGUCAGAGCCCAUUGGCCCCGCUGGGGCUACCAAUAUGACGGCCAGCUUCACGACCAAAGGUCAAUGCACGGCGGAUACGCUCAUGUCUGCAUCCGGAGUGCAUCACCUGAUUGCAAACCACCAGCAGAUUCUGUCCGAGACUGUCUACCGCUCUUUCGAAGUACCCUUGCUCCACGAGCUCGACAAGUGGCAAACCGUCAUUGGAGACGAAGAGGAGACGUAUCAGCAGAGCAUCAAGGCACAGAGCAGAGAGGUUAAGCGCCUGGAAAAGGAAGGCCUAAAGUUGCAUAAGCAGAGGCGCCGGGACGUUGCCCGGUUCAGAGCCCAUCUUGUCGAGUUGACUUAUAAGCUCGACGGGCUGACGACUCUCCAUGGAGACCAUGCGAGAACACUAUUAAGGGAAAGCCAAGAGACGAGCGCGCGUAUUGUCGAUGCUAGUUGUAGUCUUGUGCGAGCCGAAGUGGACAUAUUCGAAAGCUUGGCUAGAAAGGGUUGGAGCGGCGGUGGCCUGGACGAUGUCCUGGAAAAGGGCCAGGACUUGUUUGCAAUUGAGGAUGAUGGCAUUCACGGUGCUGGUGCAAGCGGUGGGGAGGGGGUUAAGCUCUUCUCUAUCCUGCCGCCGAAGAGUAUCCUUGCCGACACGACGUCCGAACCACGAAGCGAGAGUUUGCUGAUGGACCAUGAUCGUUACCAGGCGCUUAAUGCCAUGGCUUCCGACCCCAAACCAAGCGGUGACUCUGAAAGCGUCUUCUCGGCUGACUUUAACAAGCCGCGAAAUGCCCGCCCCUUUUCUCCUCAGCCGAUCCGGAGGGCACCCACGGACGUGACAUAUGACUUGCUGGAUAAUCUUGAGGGUAUUAAGGAAGAGGAAGAAGCGGGCGAGGUUGGAAAUGAAAUACACGACAGAGCUGAAGAGCCGUUGGAACCGCUGGAGCCGUUGGAGCAAGUGUGGAACCAAACACACUCGGAUGCCGACAGCGGGGAGCAGACGGAGCGGGAAAUCGUGGAUGAAGCAGAACCAAGGCAUGAAGAGGAGGGAGAAGAAGAAGAGGAAAGGGGAAGACUGCUGAGAUUUGACUCCCACUUCGACGACAGAGACUCGCUCAAUCCGAUGAACGAUUUGGAGCUUUCUCCUGAGGCGACGUAG